UCGGAUGGAUUGUCAUGAAAUUUAGUUCAGAUAUUCAUGUCCCCAGAGAAUUAAUCUUAUCGACUCCCUGACUUUUCCUCUAGCGCCACUAUGAGGUUGAUAUCUGUGAUUCAUGCUCCCCUCAGGAUGAAUUAUAAUAACUUUUCAUCCGGUGCCUCGAUCUGUAACAACUGUAGUCAGACGACAGCCUUUAGGGGCCGCUCGUGGGGAUCUUUCUUCAGUUAUGGCUGAAAAUAAUCAGCAACAAUUGUGCGUCUGUCCUGUGGACAAACAGCAGUGAUUAUUAUUUUUUUAACUGUUUCAGUCAUCAAAUAAUUGAAUUAUUUGCUUGUAACAAUGAAAGUGUGUACUGAUGCUACAUCUCAGUGAUACAGUAUAAAAUAAUGGAGCACAAGAGAAAACAAGGACUGCUGUAGUCCAGCAGAUUAUAACAGACCAGAAAGAUUUCUACCAUCAUGGAGCCAGGAAGUGUCUUAUUCCUGGUGUUGGGUCUCAGUGGAGGUUGAAUCAAAGUUUGAGAUUCUGUUUCUGAACUUUCCACUGCAGAUCAUAAAUUAUUCUGUCAGACACUUUAAAGUGUGACUGAACCUCAUGCAGCCGUCCGCACGUCUCCACUCAUAACUCAUUUUUAAUGCCUUCGAAUUCUGUGAAACUUUAUUUUACAAUAUUUUACAUUUAAUGGUUAACAUGAGGACAUGGUGUCUGCUCUUGCCCAUUGUGUUCCUGAUAGCAAUCAUAAACGGUGACCUUCCCAUGACCCCCUCUAGAAUAACGGGCUGUACUGUGUGGUGGUUAAAACAUUGUAAAUACUGGUUUUGCAUAAAGCGUCGAAGAGCUGCCUGUUUGUGAUUCUUCUAAUGUGUGUAUUAUUAUAGCUUAUGACUUUUAUCUCUGCAUGUCAGUUUAUUAUAACACUAUGAAACGGGGGGGUUCAUAAGCUGCCGUUUUUAGCAGGAAGAAGUGAGAUCUCCAACGUUAAACCGAGGCGAACAGGUCGUGGGUUCGACUCCUGGACCAGAAAGGUAAAUCUUGCUGUGGAAGUAAUAAAGCAGCAACAUUUACACUGCUGAGGAGCUCUUGAGCAAGACAUUUGCCUAUUCAACAGGUCAGACUGGUUGUACAGGCAGCUUUCAGAUGCGUGAAUGUGAUUUUGCUGAGAACAUAUCGAUGGAUAAUAAGAAUAUACAUUUUUCAUAUACUGUAUAUAUCUCGUCCUUCCAAUUCCCUCGUAACAUUUAUUUUUUAACUAUGUCUCAUAUUUUUAUUUUUAAAAAGACCAAAGUUUGAAAAAAUCUGAGCGUUGAAGUUAUUUUCCUCUGAUAUAUGACCUUAAUUACGACGGUUAAAUUACAUUAUUAAUCACAAAGUGGUGGAUGAAGUACGCUGAUCUUUUCAGCUGCACGAAUCAAUAUUUUAUUAACAAUAAAUCUAAUUACUGUGUGUAAUAUAAAAGGCGACUGAUAUAUUAUUAUUUAUUAAUGUUAGAGCAGCAUUUUACAUUUAACUACUUUAUACACAGUUAGCUAGUUUAAUCCAGUGGUUCCCAACCUAGGGGUCGGGACCCUCCAAAGGGUCACCAGAUCAGUCCGAGGGGUCGUGAGAUGAUUGAUGGGAUUUGUAUUCAGUUUCUUUAGACUUUUCUCUGUUUUUUUUUGUAAAAUACUGGACAAUAUUACCUGUUAUGAGCCUCGAUCAACUCUUUAAAUGAAACCAUCCGAGAAGUUUUAUGUGUCCGUGGUGGAACUGGAUCUCAACUAGACACUGCGUUCUUCGCACGAGGCAACAAACCAUAAACUGGUUUAGCACUCCGCUCCGAAACAUAUCACGUUUUUAUGUAAAAUCUCAAUCUGAAAAGUAACCGGCACCUAACUAGGCCUCCUCUAUCUGUCAAAUAAACGCAGUGGAGUAGAAGAAGGGCACCUUUUUGUCCUGUGAAAUGUUGUGGAGUAGAAGUAUAAAGUAACACAAAAUGGAAAUACUCAAGUAAAGUACCCUGAGUGGCUACUCUCCAGCCCUGCGUGCAGCCACUGGCACUUUCCUCUGCUGUAGUUUGUGGGGGAGCUGUUGCCUUGUAUGAGAGUCUGGUCCCACAAAACAUCAGACAAUAAAAUACAUUUUCCUGUCUAUAUGCUAUAAAUGUGCGCGUGGAGUCAUUUGAACCAGUGAGGUGACAUCACGUCCUUAUGGAAAUGUGUCCCGGUCAGGCCCCUCCCUGCCCCGGUGACAUCAGCCGGAGCGCUGCUGCUUUCCUCCAGGAGAGCACACGGUGGAUCCGCGCACACACAUCCAGCAGCACCGGGAGAGCUCGACGGGAACUGCGCUGCUCGGCUGUUGUCGCCUUUUCCAUGGGACAGAACCAGACUUCCUCUGCGCCAGAUCCUCAUCAGGCCGUUCCAACGGCUCACAGCGUAAAAGCUCAAAUCUGCACCGCCGAAUGUUCCUGCACUUUGGAACAACUAAAAGGCUCGUGCAGAGGACCUGAGACGCCUUCCUUGUUCUUUGCACCGAAACAAAUACUGACAGAGAACAUGGGAGGCUGUUGACAUCCGACUUGGCCACUAGCAAAAGGAAACCCAUUAGAGUACACACCGGUUGGUGCACAGUGACAAGUCAGAACAUGGCCGCCCAUCGAAUCAGAGCCACCACCACCAACAACACCACUUCUCUCCCGCGCUGCAAGUCUGAGGGGACGCUCAUCGAUCUCAGUGAUGGAGUGUCAGAAGCCAGUCUGACUGAUGUCAAAGUGCCUUCUCCCAGUGCCUUACGACUGGACGCGACUGCCUCCUUCGGUGCUGCCAGGGAAGUCGUUGCCAUUAAGGACUACUGCCCAUCCAGCUUCACCACCCUGAAGUUCUCUAAAGGAGACCGCCUCUACGUUCUGGACUCGUCAGGAGGAGAGUGGUGGUAUGCCCACAACAACACAGAGAUGGGUUACAUCCCUGCAGCUUAUGUUCAGCCCAUCAACUACAGAGACUCGUCCUUCAGCGACAGCGGGAUGAUUGACACUGUGGGAGACUGUAACGAGGAGGCAGCCAAAGAAAUGGACCUUCUAGGAGAGUGGUCAGGGGUGAUUCUGAAACCAACCACCUUCCAAAACGGAAAUCCUUUUGCAACAACCCAUACCUCUACAAACCCUUUCCUGAACGGGGGUCCUCAGAACUCACUUGAUCAGAACAGUAAUGAGAAAUCAGUUGACCUCCUUCUGUUUGAUACGCUCACUCCAUCAGUGCCCAACUCCACCAGCAGCACUGCUGACAUCAAUGGUUUUGGCAGUGGCGUUUUUAACAUGAACCCUCUUAGUCCCACUGUAGGGGUGGGGCAAACGUUGCGCAGGGACAACCCGUUUUUUAGAAGCAAACGGUCCUACAGUCUGUCUGAGCUGUCCAUCCUGCAGGCUCAGUCCGACGCCCCUCAGGCCUCAGGUUUCUUCGGAGGUCUGAAAGCACCAGCGCCGGAGCAGUUUCAGAGCAGGGAGGAUUUUCGGACAGCGUGGCUCACCCACCGCAAGAUAGCCAGGUCCUGCCAUGACUUGGAUUCGCUGGGUCAGAACCCAGGCUGGGGCCAAACGCAGCCAGUGGAGACCAAUAUCGUCUGUCGGCUGGACAGCUCAGGAGGGGCUGUCCAGCUUCCGGACACCAACAUCAGCAUCCAUAUACCGGAGGGCCACGUGGCCCUGGGGGACACCCAGCAGAUCUCAAUCAAAGCUCUGCUCGAUCCACCACUAGAGCUGAACAACGACCGCUGCACUACAGUCAGCCCUGUGGUGGAGAUCAAACUCAGCAACAUGGAGACCAAAACCACCGUUACCUUGGAGAUGAAAGUGUCUGUUGUAGUGAAAAUGGAGAGCAGGCAGACAACAGAAGUCUUGUGUGUCAGGAGUGAUUGUAAAGAGGGACCUUACACUCCCAUACCUCAGGCGUACAUGUAUGGGGACACCGUCCAGGUGUGCCUGGAUAACCUGGAACCGUGCAUGUACGUGUGUGUUGUGGCUCAGUCCCAGUCCAUAUCUCCAGACUCCACAGUUUGGGAGCAUGUGGUUAAAAAGAUCACCUUAGGAGUAUAUGGUCCCAAACAUAUUCACCCGUCCUUCAAGACAGUUGUGGCUAUGUUUGGCCAUGAUUGUGCCCCAAAGACAUUAUUGGUGAGUGAGGUAGGCAAACAGGUGCAGUCUGCACCAUCAGUAGUGCUGCAGCUCUGGGGUAAACACCAGUUUGUCUUAUCCAAACCCCAGGACCUCCGCGUUGGAGUUUACUCCAACAUGGCUAACUAUGAGGUAAAGGCUAGUGACCAGGCCAGAGUUGUCCGGGGAUUCCAGGUUAAACUAGGCAAAGUCAGCAGGCUUGUCUACAUCAUUGCCUCGCGCAACUCUGAUGAUGUUUCUGAUUUCACCUUAAGAAUCCAGGUCAAAGACGACCAAGAUUGUAUAUUGGCUCAGUUUUGUGUCCAGACACCAACACCGCCACCCAAAGCAGGCCCAAAAACAUCAGUGCAACGGCGAUUCCUGAAGAAGAAGGAAGUGGGCAAGAUAGUCUUGUCUCCUCUCGCCAUCGCCACCAAGUACCCUGUUUUUCAGGAUAGGAGAAUAAAUAACCUGAAGUUUGGAAAAUUAAUCAAAACCGUCAUCCGACAAACAAAAAAUCAGUACUUGCUCGAGUACAAAAAAGGAGACUUUGUAGCUCUGCUGAGUGAGGAGAAGAUCAAGCUCAAAGGCCAGUUGUGGACAAAAGAAUGGUACAUUGGAUAUUAUCAGGGCAAAAUGGGAUUUGUUCAUGCAAAGAAUGUGCUAGUGGUUGGGAAAGUUAAGCCCAUUUACUUCAGCGGGCCCGACCUUACGACUUCAUUGUUACUGGAGCAAAUACUGAAGCCCUGCAAAUUCCUCACGUACAUCUACGCCUCCGUAAGAACUAUACUGAUGGAGAACAUCGGCAACUGGCGAGCGUUUGCGGACGCCCUUGGAUACAUCAACCUGCCCUUGACCCAUUUCUGUCGCGCAGAGCUGGACAGCGAACCUGAGAGGGUUGCAUCAGUGCUGGAGAAGCUGAAGGAGGACUGCAACAAUGCAGAGAGCAAAGAGCGAAAGUCCUUCCAGAAAGAACUCCUGACGGCUCUGUUGAAGAUGGACUGUCAGGGUCUCGUGGCCAGACUGGUCAUGGACUUUGUCCUCCUGACCACGGCUGUGGAGGUGGCCGGACGCUGGAGGGAGCUGGCCGAGAGACUCGCCAAGGUUUCACGGCAGCAGAUGGAUGCUUAUGAGGCACCGCAUCGCGACAAGAACGGGGUGGUGGACAGUGAGGCCAUGUGGAAGCCGGCGUAUGACUUCCUGGUCACGUGGGCCGCUCAGAUCGGCGACAGCUACAGGGACGUGAUCCAGGAGCUGCACAUGGGCUUAGACAAGAUGAAGAACCCCAUCACCAAACGCUGGAAGCACCUGACCGGCACGCUCAUCCUGGUCAACUGCCUGGACGCCCUGCGGAGCUCCGCCUUCAGCCCCGCCGCUCAGGACGACUACGCCAUCUAAACUCUCUCCUACAUGACUCCAUGUUGAUCCUGCCGGUGUUUCCCCACAGCAGCUCGCCCCGCUCUUCUGGAGCGUUUGAAAAGUUACACAGUUUGAAACGCUGCGUAUCAGCUGUCUGCUCACUCUCAAUGCCACUACUGCUGUCGUAUAAUGUUUUGUUCCUGCGGCGCCGCCUUCAGCUCCUCCAGCCCAGGGGAACGUCUCUGAACUGCCCCCACGUCUCCGCGGCCGCCGGCCAAACAACACAGUGCUGUACGGAGCUCGCAGUAUUAACAAAGACUCUUUUAAUAGUUCCUGUCUUGCAUAGUUAUGUAUUUUUGUACUCUUAUUAUGGCACAGUGUUUUUUUUUAAAGCAACACUUUGGUUAAGAACUGUGGAUCGAACUCCAAGAAAGACACUUUUUCAAGAAAAGACACUUUGAUAUCGUAUCCUUGUUACCGUAGCCUCGUCACAUGUGUCAAAUCUGUUCUAUUUAUUUGUACAUCAAAGAGAAACGUCACUUUUUCUUCUUCAGGUUCUUUCUCACUGUGGUCCUUUUCAUUUCAGAGAUCCAAAUAUUCGGCUGUCAGUCUGUAUUUUUUAAGACCUGGCACUGAAGAAAACUGAAUAAUUUAUUCGUCUAAACAAGUUUCUCCACUAGUGCAUUUAGUCACAUUAAUUGAAAAGUCAUAUUAAAGAAAAUGAAUCAGCAACAGAUUAAAUAGUCUAAAUUGACUGAUUGCAGCAAAAACCUGAAACACCGUCUGGUUUCAGCUUCUCGGAUGUGAGAAUUGGCUGCUUUUCUUUUUUUACAUCCUUGUUAAUUGAAUGUUUUGGACUGUUGGUCGGACAAAACAAGACAUUUGAAAAUUGUGAUGGACAUUUUCCCCUGUUUUAUCACUAAACUAUUAUUGAAUCGAGCUCAGCAGUUUAUCCUUGACCUUGUAAAACAGCCGUUGACAAAACAAUCUCAACUCUACGUUUGCUGGAGCUACUGUACACGUUCAGUCUCUCCAUGAUUCUGAGCACCUCGAGGACUUCUCGUCCAUGUUGGCUUACACUCAGUCUGCUGAUGAGGACCAUGUGAUACGACUGAAAGGUCCAGACCAAGUGAGUAAGUAGACUGUGAUUUGAGAUUGUUCUGCCAACGAUUAAUCUAUCGAUUCACGGAUUUAAAUGAUUGUAUGGAGGAAAAGGCUGAAAAUAACAAACAUCCAAACCUUUUCCGCUCAUUUCUCAACUCUUUCCCGUAUUCGGCCUGUUUCUCUUUUGUCCGAUGGACGUACUUUUUACCAAAGCUUGCCAAAAAUGAAUCCAGCUCCACGCAGAUGACCUUGUACAAUGUUGAGACCACUGUCGUAAUGACACUGUCUGUCAGAUCUUCUGGUUAGGUUUGUCUCAGUGCUGCAUACUGUAUAAUGUGGUAGUAACGCAUCCAGUGGUGAGUUUGAAGACCUUUUUGUGACUGCAUACUUUUGUGGAAAAGACUCAAAAUAAAAUGUAAAUAUUUGUACACACCA